AAAAAAAAAAAAACAAACAAACAAAAAAACAUUAGGAAUAUAAUUUGUGGCGUUAUUGCAGUUUUAUUUUGAUACCGAUAUAAUCAUCGGUUGCAUUAAUUUCAGAUAUAAUAUUAGUGUCAUUAUAAACAAACGUACAGUAAGAGCUCCUCGGAUUAAGAUAAGACUCAGACUGAGAAAGACGGUGCUCUCCUGUGCUGUGUUGCAUAACAAUACUACCGGCAUCGGUGUGUGUGUGUGUGUGUUUGUGUGUGUGUUUGUGUUUUGUUUUUACAAAACCGCUAAAGAGAUCCGAAAUAUGUAAACGUGACCCUAACCAUAUCUUUAGACAACAACACACAUAAACACGAUAUCAAGAAGAGGUUUGACGGAUCAGUGGGUGCUGGUGGUUUAUAUGUUGUGUUUUUAUUUUUGCAAUGAAGAAAAUGUAAUCAGAGAGUAUUAAAGAUAUACUAUGACACACGGAGAACCAGAGGAUUAUUUUCGGGUUGGUAACGUGUUUCACCCCGAGGGUUUAUUAAAAACCGGAGCUCAUUUUCAGGACUAGACCCCGGCAAUACAACAAGCACGGAAUUAAUAACAACACGAAGAAGAACAAUAAGACGGGUGAGAAUUAUUCAACUGAACGAUCGAGUGAGACAUGGCACCAGUACAGUGUGUGUGUCUCUGAUCGAUUAUAGAUUUAUAUAGUGCUUACUGAAGAAAAACAUCUUUAUAAAUGAGUUUAAAAGGGAUGUGAGAUUAUUAGAUUGGUAUAACGCUAAGUAACUUUUUUUUUAGUAAUGAAACUAAAUCAUUUGACUAAAAUGAAGGACUGGUUAAACUAGUCUACACUGAGACCUCUCUAUAUGUCACUAGCACCCCCCUGCCCCCCGGCUCUACUGUUAUUCGUCUCGUCUCGUAGUUUUUUUUUUUUUUUUUGUAUAAAAAGAAAAUCAUUCAGCGUGGUAGUAUUUGUUUACUUCCAGACGCUGUGUAUUCCAGAGUGACUCUCGCCGAGACACAAGUUGACUAAUACCGCGUUUUCUUUUCCCAGUUUGUUAAAAUAAAAUAUAUAUGUUCUGUUUCUGCAUAUUCAUAAUGUCUUUUUUUAAAUAUGUAGCUCGAGUAUUAAAUUGCACAGCGGUUGUUGUUUCUACAGUAAAAGUCAGUAUAUGUAAAUGUAGUAUUAGCAACUCGUGAGAAGUAAAGAUCGCUUUUCGUUCACCGCUGACUGAUUUGGUGCGAGUGCUGGCUCAGUGCUUGUUGAGUACAUGUCUAAGAAAGGUGCUGGAAGUGUACAAAAAAAAAAACAGUACAUGGCACCCAUGUGAAUACAAACACGAACAAGGAGUGCUGCGUUUGAAGUCUGAAGCUCCACCCGUUGCAGUAACUUCCAUUCGCUCAACUAAAGGAAGGAAACACAUUGAUCGGAAUCAGCAGUACUGUGUUGCUGCGAGCUAGGAAAACCGUUUCGUUGUUUCCUUGCCUUUCCUUCCCUCGUCUUGCUUGGACACCCUCCCCCACUUUUUUUCUUCGGAGAGCCGAGCCUUGGUGUGUGCGGCGCCGUUGGCGUGUCACCUGCUCUCGGUGAGCCGAGCGGCUGUGAUGGAACUCAUGUUCGCCGAGUGGGAGGACGGGGAAAGGUUUUCCUUCGAAGACUCGGACCGGUUCGAGGAGGACUCGCUAUGCUCUUUCAUCUCCGAGGCGGAGAGCCUGUGUCAGAACUGGCGGGGGUGGAGAAAGCAGUCGGCAGGACCCAACUCUCCCACUGUCAAAAUAAAAGAUGGUCAGGUGAUCCCUCUGGUGGAGCUCUCUGCUAAGCAGGUUGCAUUCCACAUCCCCUUUGAGGUGGUGGAGAAGGUGUACCCCCCAGUCCCGGAGCAGCUGCAGCUCAGGAUAGCCUACUGGAGCUUCCCAGAGAACGAGGAGGACAUCAGGCUGUACUCGUGUCUCGCUAACGGCAGUGCUGAUGAGUUCCAGCGGGGGGAGCAGCUGUACAGGAUGAGGGCUGUGAAAGAUCCGCUGCAGAUUGGUUUCCACCUCAGUGCCACGGUGGUCUCCCCCCAGGUGGUUCAGGCGAAGGGUGCGUACAACGUGGCCGUGAUGUUUGACCGCUGCCGCAUUUCUUCCUGCAGCUGCACCUGUGGAGCUGGAGCCAAGUGGUGCGCCCAUGUGGUAGCGCUGUGCCUCUUCAGGAUUCACAACUCAUCGGCAGUGUGUCUGCGCGCUCCGGUCUCUGAGUCUCUGUCCCGGCUGCAGAGAGACCAGCUCCAGAAGUUUGCUCAGUACCUCAUCAGUGAGUUGCCACAGCAGAUCCUGCCCACAGCCCAGCGUCUCUUGGACGAGCUCCUCUCCUCGCAGUCCACCGCCAUCAAUACUGUAUGCGGAGCGCCAGACCCCACGGCCGGCCCCUCGGCCUCUGAUCAGAGCACCUGGUACCUUGACGAGUCGACGCUGAGCGACAACAUCAAGAAGACUCUGCACAAGUUCUGCGGGCCCUCGCCGGUGGUGUUCAGUGAUGUGAACUCCAUGUACCUCUCCUCCACUGAGCCCCCUGCUGCUGCAGAGUGGGCCUGCCUGCUGAGGCCCCUGAGGGGCCGUGAGCCGGAGGGAAUCUGGAACCUGCUCUCCAUUGUGAGGGAGAUGUUCAAGAGGAGAGACAGCAACGCCGCGCCCCUGCUGGAGAUACUCACCGAGCAGUGCCUCACCUAUGAGCAGAUAAUCGGCUGGUGGUACAGUGUGCGCACCUCCGCCUCUCACAGCAGUGCCAGCGGGCACACCGGGCGCAGUAACGGCCAGUCUGAGGUGGCGGCUCACGCCUGCGCCAGCAUGUGUGACGAGAUGGUGGUGCUCUGGAGACUGGCGGUGCUGGACCCCACCAUGAGCCCACAGAGGCGAGGGGAGCUGUGCGCUCAGCUCAAGCAGUGGCACCUCAAGGUGAUUGAGAUCGUGAAGCGGGGGCAGCACCGCAAGUCCUUGGAUAAGCUGUUCCAGGGCUUCAAGCCAGCGGUGGAGUCCUGCUUCUUUAACUGGGAGAGUGCUUACCCCCUGCCUGGCAUCACCUACUGCAGCGCGGACAAGAAGAGUCUGGCCUUCUGCUGGGCUAGGACAGUGCAGCAGCAGAAGGCAGGCAGGGCAGGGGCAGGGGAACCCCCGGAGCCAGGAGCGGGCAGGGCAAACGGGCAGGAGGGUGCAGCAGAGCACAGGGGCAGCAGAAGCAACUCACACCUGGAAGUGGCAGUGCGCCCCAAAGAGACAGGAAAGCGUAAAGGUGUCUCCAGUGGGGGAGGGCUAGUUUUGGGGAGCCGGCUGGGGGGAGGGGGAGGGGGGAUCUCGCUGGCUCUGGAGGACAGUGGUGGCAGUAAGGGGGUGUACAAGACUGUGGUUGGGGGGUCUCCUGCUGCUUCUGCUCUGGGGGGCAAAGUGAAGCUGGUUCAGGCAGGUAAGGCGGGUGGAGCCGGGAGUGUCAAGCAUGGGUCCAUCAAGCGCAGGACCAGCAGUGAGGACAGCUCUCUGGAACCAGACCUAGCUGAGCUCAGCAUGGAUGACGGGUCGAGUCUGGCGCUGGGGGCCGAAGCCAGCAACACCUUCGACCUGAUGCCCCCCCCAGCAUCAACCAUCCCUUCUCCACCCACCCUGCACAGAGACGCACCACGCAAGUACAGCCCCGGGAAAGGGAGCACCACAGGAUACUACCCCAGCAAGAGCUCACCCGCAGGCACAGAGGGCAGGGGAGUGGAGUUGGAGGUGGAGGUGGAGGCUGAGAUUGAGAUUGAGGAGCUGGAAGAGGGGGAGGACCCUGCCGCGGAGCCUGCCUCUUCGAGGGAGAGGGAGAGGGAAAGGGAGAGUGGGGAGGCAGAGCCGAUCUCUGCCCAGGCCCCGGAGCCUCCAAGGGAGGAUGACUACCAGGCAUACUACCCGAGCGCUGCCUCUGAGGAUGGUGGGGGUGGCCAGCACUGCGCCAACGGAGAGGAGGAACCAGACAUCUUCUCUGGGAUCAAGCCACUGGAGCAGGAGGGGCGCAUAGAGGUGCUGUUUGCAUGUGCAGAGGCCCUGUACGCUCAUGGCUACAGUAACGAGGCGUGCCGUCUGGCUGUGGAGCUGGCAGAGGAUCUGCUAGCCAACCCUCCUGACCUGAAGGUGGAGCAACCCCAGACUAAGGGUAAAAAGAGCAAGGUGUCGACGAGCCGGCAGACCCUGGUUGCCACGGGCACAAUGUGCAAGACUGCCUUCCUGCUGACUGUGCUGAGUGAGCGCCCCGAGCUGCACAACCUAGCCUUCAACACUGGCAUGUUCUCCCUGGAGCUGCAGAGACCCCCAGCCUCCACCAAGGCACUCGAGGUGAAGCUGGCGUAUCAGGAGUCAGAGGUGGUGGCCCUGCUGAAGAAGCUGCCUCUGGGCCUGGUGGAGAUGAGUUCUAUCCGGGAGCGAGCCGAGCAGCUCCGUGACGGGAACUUCUGCGACUACCGACCUGUCCUGCCUCUCAUGCUGGCCAGCUUCAUCUUCGACGUGCUCUGCACCCCAGUGGUUUCCCCCACCGGCUCCCGUCCCCCAAGCCGAAACAGGAACAACGAGAUGCCAGGAGACGAGGAGCUGGGGUUUGAGGCAGCUGUCGCAGCGCUCGGUAUGAAGACGACAGUGAGCGAGGCGGAGCACCCCCUGCUGUGUGAGGGGACGCGUCGGGAGAAGGGGGACCUGGCCCUGGCGCUCAUGAUCACCUACAAGGACGACCAGGGCAAGCUCAAGAAGAUCCUGGACAAGCUGCUGGACCGGGAGAGCCAGACUCACAAGCCCCAGACUCUGAGCUCUUUCUACUCCAGCAAGCCGGCCAUGGGCAGCCAGCGCUCCCCCUCCAAGCACGCGGCACAAACAGCGGGCGUGGCCAAGCACACGGGACAGGCCGUGGGAGGAGGGUCCGGAGCGGCGCAGGGCGUCGUCAGUGGUGGGACAGCGAAUCAGCAAGCAGGGCUGACCAGCAUGGUGCAGGGGCCUGCCGGAGAGAACUACAGCAGCAGAGAGCAGCAGGAUGGCACACCCCUCUCCUCCUCUGAGCUGCAGAGCGAGGCUCCCCCCUUCAAGCCUGAGGGCCGGGUUCCCAGCCGACUGGCCCUUGGAGCUCGAGGGGCGUACAGUGGCCGCUGCUGGGGCUCCCCCGUUCGACAGAAGAAGAAGCACACAGGCAUGGCUAGUAUCGACAGCAGCGCCCCCGAAACCACCUCCGACAGCUCCCCCACGCUCAGCCGACGCCCUCUUCGAGGUGGUUGGGCAGCAGCCUCCUGGGGGCGAGGCCAGGACAGUGACAGCAUCAGCAGCUCCUCGUCCGAUUCGCUGGGCUCCUCUUCCUCCAGCGGGUCACGCAGGGCAGGGGGCGGGGCCAGAGCCAAGAGCGCCGACAGCAGCAGGUACAAGGGGCGUCGGCCGGAGUGCCACGUUCCACACGUCCCUAACCAGCCCUCGGAGGCCGCAGCGCACUUCUAUUUUGAGCUGGCCAAGACGGUGCUGAUCAAGGCCGGCGGCAACAGCUCCACCUCCAUCUUCACACACCCCUCCGCCAGCGGGGGCCACCAGGGGCCACACCGCAACCUGCACCUGUGCGCCUUCGAGAUCGGCCUGUACGCCCUGGGCCUGCACAACUUUGUCUCACCCAACUGGCUCUCCAGGACCUACUCCUCUCACGUCUCCUGGAUCACUGGCCAGGCGAUGGAGAUCGGCAGUGCUGCUCUCAAUAUCCUGGUGGAGUGCUGGGAUGGUCACCUCACCCCCCCAGAGGUAGCCUCUCUAGCGGACCGGGCCUCGCGAGCACGUGACCUCAACAUGGUGCGGGCCGCGGCAGAGCUGGCACUGAGCUGCCUGCCUCAUGCACACGCACUGAACCCCAACGAGAUCCAAAGGGCGCUAGUGCAGUGCAAGGAGCAGGACAACGUGAUGCUGGAGAAGGCGUGCAUGGCGGUGGAGGAGGCUGCGAAGGGAGGAGGGGUGUACCCCGAGGUCCUUUUCGAAGUGGCUCACCAGUGGUAUUGGCUGUAUGAGCAGACCGUGGGGGGCGGGGUGGGGUCCCAGCGUGAGGGUCGCCCCCCCCGACGCCCCGGGGCCAAUGGGCCGCCGGCCGGCAGGAGCCGCGGCGAGCGGCUAGAGCCUGGGCGCCUCCUGGAGGGAGGGGGGGGGGUGGCGGUGACGGUGAGCACUGCGUCUGUGGUCCCUGUGAUAUCGGUGGGCUCCACGCUGUACCAGCAGCACGCCAUUGCGGGGUCUGCCAUGGGGCACCCCCACACACAGGGGCUGCACCCCUACACCACCAUCCAGACGCACCUGUCCUCCAUCUGCACUCCGCAGUAUCUGGGGCACCCCCUGCAGCACGUCCCCCGGCCAGCUGUGUUCCCUGUGUCAGGGGGAGCGUACCCGCAGUGUGUUUGUGUCCCCUCCCAGGUAGUGCACCCGGCCUUCAUGGGGGCCCAGUACCCCUUCUCCGUGGCGACGGGCCCCCACCCGCACCCCCCCAUGGCAGCCACCGCAGUCAGCUUCCCAGGUGUGCCUGUCCCGUCCAUGACACAGAUCGCUGUGCACCCUUACCACCCCGAAGCAGGGCUGCCCCUCGGCACCACCGUGGCAGUAGGUGGCAUGCAUGCAGGCUCCUCUCUGCCUGGCCUCGCCCCCCAGCCAGCCCCCUUCCCCUCCGAGGAGGAGCAGCACAGCCAGCCAGUCAGCCAGCAGGGCCUGCACUACCUGCACUCUGCCUACAGAGUUGGGAUGUUGGCUCUGGAGAUGCUGGGGCGCAGGGCUCACAAUGAUCACCCCAACAACUUCUCCCGCAGCCCCCCCUACACUGAAGACGUCAAGUGGCUGCUGGGGCUGGCUGCGCGCCUUGGAGUGAACUAUGUGUACCAGUUUUGUGUGGGGGCUGCGAAGGGCGUGCUCAGCCCCUUCGUGCUGCAGGAGAUCAUCAUGGAGGCGCUGCAGCGGCUGAAUCCCGCACACAUCCACGCACACCUGCGCAUGCCUGCCUUCCACCAGCUCGUGCAGCGCUGCCAGCAGGCAUACCUGCAGUAUAUCCAUCACCGGCUGAUCCACCUGACCCCAGCGGACUACGAUGACUUUGUGAAUAUCAUCCGCAGCGCGCGCAGUGCGUUCUGCCUCACCCCCGUCGGCAUGAUGCAGUUCAACGACGUGCUGCAGAACCUCAAGAGGGGCAAGCAGACCAAAGAGCUGUGGCAGCGCAUCUCCCUCGAGAUGGCAACCUUCACCCCCUGAGCAGAGAGAGCGAGACCCAGAGACAACCGUACAAACAUACUGAGACCCAGAGACACACAACCAGGGAGCUGUAGGAAAGCAUUCUCGCCCCCAGACAUAGUGACAACUAUACACACUCACUCCGACACACACACUGAGACCCAGACAGAGGGCAACACAUCUCCCCCAGAGCAGAGACAGAGACAAUACACACACACUGAGACCCAGUGACAACUAUACACACACACUGAGACCCAGACAGAGGGCAACACAUCUCCCCAGAGCAGAGAGAGGAGAGACCUAGACUGAGACCCAGUCCCACACAUACCCUACAACCAGACACUGCGACACAGAGGGAGAGAGAGAGCGAGAGACCCAGGCACCCACUGAAACAGACGAACACCUGAGAUGGCAACCUUUUGAGACAUACUGCCUCCUAGAACUCUCUCCGUCUCUCUCACCCACACACCCACACACUCUCACCAGUCUGAGAGGGUUUAUGUUUUUGAGUCUCUCACAGGGACAGACCUCUCUUCUGCUCGCUCCCUUAGUUUGUUUGUUUAACCUCUGAUGAUGAUAUUAGUGACAGCUGAUCUAUACUGCAACAUUCCUCUACCUGAGAGGUCUUUGCUUUGUCGUUGGUGUUAAGUUUGUGUGUUUUUUUUUUCGUUUUUUUUUUUUUUCUGGUAACUAAAAUAAAAAUAAUGAAAAAAAACAGAAAAUAUACCAUUUGGUCAAGGUUAUAAAAAAGAGUAAUAAAAGAAUGAUCAGAG